CCGGGCGGAGGGAGGGAGAGGGGGCAGAUGCCAUGGGCCCCCUGCCCAGCCAGCCCUGCCUGGCCCUGGAGGAGGAGGGCUGCUGCCUGGAGCUGCACGAGACCCUCCUGGUGCUAGUGGUCCUCGUCCUGGUGGUCCAGCUGGGACUCAGGCUGGCCUCGCUGGUCUGCCAGUCCCUCUGCUGCCUCCUUCAGCGUUUCUAUGGAGUAGCCUUUGUGAAUGAAUUCGAAAAGCCAACGGCUGCUCCCACCCCCAUGAAGAAGACCCAUAUGCGAAGGCCCUGUGCCCAGUGGUCAGAGUCAGACGUCCCUCGCCGGAGGCGCUGGGAAAGCAGUCCUCCGCAGCCCCGCUGCGUCCACUGCACCCUCGAGCCGGUCAAGCUCACCAUGAAUGUCCAGAACGACCAUUUGCCAUAUAAAGAAAACCAGCGGGUCGGGCGGAGGCCGCAGCCUGACUACCCGACGUACCACCUGCCACACCACCCGCCACACUGUGAUAACUGUGGAUGCGAAACCCGGUACCGUCCCCGAACCGCCUCUGCCCCUGCGGCCUACAUCACCCGAUACCGGGAUGUGGCUUGCGGCUCUUCAGAGCCCAUGUUGUUCUUAAGCAGCAAUGAACGGCGAAACACCCUUGGGGUGGUGAACGAGAUCUAUCCGCGGACACAGGAGAUCUAUCCGCGGACACAGGAGAUCUAUCCACGGACACAGGAGAUCUAUCCGCGGACACAGGAGAUCUAUCCGCGGACACAGGACAUUUAUCCGCGAACGCAGGUCGGAGAGACGCAAUACCACACAAUGGGGACCUCUCCGGACGCCGAAUAUCCAGGGACCAAUCUCACACGUUCCCGUCGGCCGACCAAAGUUUACAUCUACCCAGUGCACCCACAAACCCCGCCAGGAAGCCGGGGAGCCAGCCCCGAUAGACUCCACCGGCGCCGUGCGACGCUAGGUCCGGAGGAGAUGCAGGAAUACAAUCCCCGAGAGCGACGUAAAUCCCGGGAAGUUGAUCGGCAAAGCGGAGGGGUGCCGGGACUGUCCCGGUUCCACAACUUGGUGUCCGAAAUGACCACAGGGAUGGCAGUGCAGACGGAGCCCCCCAACACGAAGCAGCAGCAAACGUGGCCGGAACAGAUGCCCACCUCCGACUGGGUGUACCAGCCGUUGAAGUAGUAGAAACAACGGGAAAAGAUGGGGGAGAAGAAGGAAGAAGAAGAAGAGGGGGAGGAGGAAUGAGAAAGAGGAAGAAGAGCCCUUUGCUACCCCACCUUGACUCAUCUUUGGGCUGGGAGAGAAUUAAGGAAAAAGAAAAACAGUUCCAUGCAUUACAGAAC